GUGGGUGAGUUUUCUGCUUGCUCCGGACUUCGAAAAUGUUGAAAAACAUUACAGUUAUUCGCUUUAUUCGUCUACUGGUUCGCGCAUUUGAGUAUGCCACGCUCUUUUUCUUCUUUUCCUUUUAUAUGAUUCUCUGAUUUUGAAUGCAUUUAUAUUGAUUCUGCAAUCAUUUAUGCUCAAAAUAUGUUUUCGUGUGAUUGAUUAGCUCAGGGUUUUGUUGCGAAAUUGUAUUCGAGACAAAUUAUUGUGGGGUUUCUGGAGGAUUAUUCAGAUAUCAUCUGUUCCUUAGUUUUACCCGCCAAAGUGGAUUAUGAUCUUUUCGGUUAUCCUAUUUCUAUGGUCGUUUGAAGAAUCACCCUUUGCCAAUUCGUUACUGGUAAAGUUAGUAACCAGUUAGUGCACACCUCAAAGGACCUGGAGAACAUCUCUGUUGAACUCAGUUGAGAAGCGAUCAAUUGACCAGCGAAAAGGCAAAACUAUGAACCAACCACCGAAUGCUGGAAAGAAUUUGCUGCCUCCAUCACCAUCAGAGACUGAGAGUUUGGAUGCUCCACUUCACACAAUUGGCUUUGAAUUUGAUGAACUCUCAGCUAAGAAAGUUUCAGGCCGCCUCCUGAUUACUGCAAAGUGCUGUCAGCCAUUCAAGGUUUUGCAUGGAGGGAUCUCAGCUUUGAUAGCCGAGGCUUUGGCUAGCAUAGGAGCUCAUAUUGCUUCAGGUUUUACAAGGGUAGCCGGUAUACACCUAAGUAUCAAUCAUCUAAAAAGCGCACAAGAAGGUGAUUUAGUAGUUGCUGAGGCUACACCAGUCAAUGUCGGCAAAUCCAUUCAGGUCUGGGACGUCCGCCUCUCAAAACGCGAUCCUUCCAACUCUGAGAUUGAAACGCUUAUAGCAUCCUCAAGAGUCACCCUUCUUUGCAACAUGUCUGUGCCAGAAUCUGCCAGGGAUGCUGCUAUAAAGCUCAAAAAAUAUGCUAAAUUAUGACUCUGUUUUAAUGUUUGUUGGCUCCUAGCCAGAUGUCAGGUAUGAUCAAUUUGUGCUUUAUUAUUGGCUGAGUCUUGUAUGAUCAUAUAUGAGCUAUAUAAGAGAGAACUGAUGGUUACAGAAGCACAUUACUAAUAAUCUGAUUUUCUCGAUUGUUUGAAUGAAAA